CCAACACUGAUGGCCCUGCUGAAGCUCUAGAUAAAAGCACAACCUCAGCAGAUGCAGUUCUCGGUGUCCUAAGGACUCCAGAGAAGAAUCUGUCAGGACCCACAGCAAUACAACUCCACAAAAAGAGGCACCUUCAGAACAAAGAUGAACAUCGGGAAAGCUUACAGUACCUUUAACAUCAGCAAUGGAACAGAUCUAGCUGUUGGCUUUACCUCUUCCACAGUAGCUGUCCUUCUAUUUGGGACAAACUUUGUGCCUGUUAAGAAAUUUGAUACUGGUGAUGGCAUGUUCUUCCAGUGGAUUCUCUGUGCCUCCAUAUGGAUAGUUUCUUUGGUGGUCAAUUUAAUCCAGAAUUGCCCCCGGUUUUGGCCUCUGGCUAUGGUUGGGGGUUUCGUGUGGGCUACAGGCAAUGUUACAGUUGUCCCUAUUGUUAAAACUGUUGGCUUAGCUCUUGGUCUUUUGAUAUGGGCUUCUUUUAAUUUGCUGACAGGUUGGGCAAGUUCAAGGUUUGGUUGGUUUGGAAUUGACCCAGAAGAGGUAUCAAGACCAAUCUUAAAUUAUAUUGGAGCUGGACUUUCACUAUUAAGUGCCGUCAUAUUUCUUUUUAUAAAAACUGAAGUCCAGAGUUCUUCAGCUUCAUUAGAAAGUACGCCUUUACUGAGAGAAAGUUCUAUUAAUGUUUCUGAAGAUACCUCUGAUGACUCAUGGGUGAACAGACUCUCUCCAGCAAAAAAAAGACUCAUAGGAUGUAGCCUGGCUGUAGUAGCUGGAAUACUCUACGGUUCCAGUUUUGUACCAGUACUUUACAUCAAGGACCAUGGAAGAAGAAAUGAAACUAUAUACACAGGAGCAAGUCAAUUUGAUUUAGAUUAUGUUUUUGCACACUUCAGUGGAAUAUUUCUUACAAGUACUGUCUACUUUUUGAUCUAUUGUGUAGUCAGGAAAAAUAAACCUAGUGUUUAUCCCCAAGCCAUAUUGCCAGGGUUUGUGUCUGGUGUGCUUUGGGCAAUAGCCAAUUGCUGCUGGUUCAUAGCCAAUCACUAUCUCAGUGCUGUGGUCAGCUUUCCAAUAAUUACUGCAGGUCCUGGCCUUGUUGCUGCAAUGUGGGGAGUCCUUGUAUUUAAAGAAAUCAAGGGACUGAAAAACUACGUGUUACUCUCAGUAGCGUUUUGCAUCGUUUUGGCUGGAUCACUCUCCACAGCUUUUUCUAAAGUUUGAAAGGAUCUUCUGGACCAGUAGAUGGUGCUACUGUUUAAUAUCAUCAGAAAGACAAUAUUGGUAUAUUGCAAUACAUAAUAAUUUUCAAAAUGUAUGUCCAACAUUUACCCUAACUUGCUUCAGGGAAGUGAAAAAGAAAACCUUUGCUAAAUGUUCCCAUUUGACAUGAAAGAAAAUCUGGAAGUGUUUGUUUCUGCAUUU